AUGCAACGGCUACGGGAAAUAACUAAGCUUUUAGAAUGGGAGGAGAUUACUUGGAAAAAGCGAGAUUCCAACCCGUCAAAUGGGCAACAGGAACCCACCAUGGAACGUGGAGGUGCCCACUUUUGCAACAUGAAUGGAUUCUUAGACAAACAGUUUUAUGAUGGAAUCCAGGAGACGGCAAAAAUGUGGUUCGAAACAGAGUUUGGCUUUGACCUCGGUGAGCUAGGCAGCUUUGACUCUGCUAGCAGUGUUAAUCUUGUUGGAGAGGUGCUCGGUAACAACUUCGACGCCGUCUUUCCUGAGUUCAUAUGGCUUAUAGAGACGGGAGUUAAGCUUGUAGAGAUUGCAUGUGAAGCAGCAGAGACGUUUAAUCCGACGAGACUUUUACUACGAGACUCAGAAAUAUCGAUUGCUGAUGAACAGCUUGCGAAAGCUUGGGCAAAGGAGAUGAAGAAGGAGAGAAUUCUUCCGAUGCCAGAACAUAAGAAGCGUGAGCUUGGUCUGAUUGAGUGA